GUGCGUUACAAGUGUGGUCAAGGCGUCGGAUCAGAGUCGGAUCUCUGGAUCGUUGGAUCUCUGUUUACCUCGACAGAGGAGUGGAGUACUUAAUACGAGGAGACUUCGGGUGGUAAUUGUCGGGUCCGGUUAGUCUUUGCUCCUGUGGGCGGCGACCUGAAGCAUGUCGACUCUCCUGCCUCGUAUGUCAGCUCUCUUCACACGCUAUGUUCCAUUACGAUCAAGUUUAUGUUGGCUGGCCACAUCCUCAAAUUCUUUGGACUUCAGGACUUCAAAUGUUUGUAGGAAUUUUGGCACUUCAAAGUCACCUAAGACUGGUAUACUUAUGCUCAACAUGGGUGGCCCAAGGACCUUAGAUGAUGUUCAUGACUUUCUACUACGACUUUUUAAAGAUCGUGAUAUAAUUCAGCUUCCAUUCCAAGAUUACAUGGGACCGUGGAUUGCCAAGCGUAGAACACCAAGCAUCCAAAAGAAAUAUGAGGAAAUUGGUGGUGGGUCUCCAAUAUUUAAAUGGACAGAUAUUCAGGGACAUCGGCUGUGUGAACGUCUAGACACAUUGUUGCCAAAUUCUGCCCCUCAUAAGCAUUACAUUGGCUUUCGUUACGCUUGUCCACUCACUGAAGAUACAUUAGAACAGAUGGAAAAGGAUGGUGUUGAGCAUUGUGUUGCUUUCUCACAGUAUCCACAGUACUCUUGCAGCACCACUGGGUCCAGUAUGAAUGCAAUUCAACAGUUUUAUGCUAACAGGUCUGCUGAGACUAACAUGAAAUGGAGUGUGAUUGAUAGAUGGUGCACAAAUCCCUUCCUUGUCAAGUGCUUUGCCAAAAACAUCAAGAAGGAGCUAGACCAGUUUCCCAAGGAAAAACAAAAAGAUGUUUUUAUUCUCUUCUCAGCUCAUUCUUUGCCACUAAAACAAAAUAACCGUGGAGAUCCCUACUCGGCCGAGGUGGGAGCUACAGUACAGUUGGUGAUGCAAGAAUUAGGAUUUACACAUCCCUAUCGUCUUGUGUGGCAGAGCAAAGUAGGCCCACUACCCUGGCUAUCACCAGCAACUGAUGAUGCAAUUAAGGGUUUGGUGCAGAGAGGAAAGAAAAAUAUAAUAUUGGUUCCCAUUGCCUUCACCAGUGACCACAUUGAAACACUCCACGAGCUAGAUAUUGAGUAUGGCAAGGACAUUGGAGAAAAGAUAGGAGCAGAGUGUAUACGUCGCUGUGCGUCACCCAAUGAUCACCCACUGUUUAUUGAUGCGCUGGUCGAUGUUGUCAGUAACCACAUAAAAGCAGGGCAUCGGUGCACGGAGCAAUUCCUCAAUACUUGUCCGAUGUGUGUUAAUCCAUCAUGCUUUGCUUCUAAGAAAUGGUUCAGAUAUGCCACAAAGAAGUUUUAAAACUUGUUAUUGGGAAAAGAAAAUUAACAGCAGUAAUAAUUAAAUGUAUUAAUAUAGUACACCUGCUUAUAUUGAAAGGCAGUACUAGAUACAAAUCAAUUCCAUAUUAAAGUAUGCUAUCCA